AUUGUUUGUAAUGUGUUGUUCACUGUUGAAGGCCUUUCGUGAGGGAGUACCCGGCAUCAUUUGAUUCGUUUACAUGAGCUUCUUUGGUCUGUUUGUUGUUUGUCCGUCCCGGUUCCCAGAAGGCGUGUGCUGGUGCAUGACAUGUAUGAAACCUCGUGAUUACACCAAAAACCAUUACAACCUCGGCUAGAAUGGUGCUGUCGCGCAGUGACACCGUUCCUCAAGAUGCAAUCUUGGAGUCAUCAUUGGGGGGAUCCUUAGAGUCAUCUUUAGAGGCAUCACCCGAAGAGGAACCCUACAGCAUCUACACCAAGCACGAAAAAUGGUUCAUCGUCACCAUGGUGGCAAUAGCCGGCCUGUACAGCCCGUUGCCAGCAAACAUUUACUUCCCAGCAAUCCCAACCUUGGCUGUUGAGUUUGGGGAAUCAAUAGAGGCGCUCAACCAGUCUGUUACGACGUAUCUUAUUUUUCAGGGUGUUUCACCGAUGCUUUGGGGUCCCUUGUCCGAUCGAUAUGGUCGCAGGCCGGUGUUUCUCAUAUGCCUUACCAUCUUGAUAGGAUCUUGCAUUGGUUUAGCUUUGUGUCCUACAAGUGCGUAUUGGCUGCUGCUGGUACUGAGGUGCCUUCAGGCUGGAGGAUGUGCAAGCACUAUUGCAUUGGGGAUGGGCGUAUGCGGUGAUAUUACUGUUCCCGAGGAGCGGGGAGGAUUCGUCGGCUUCUUCAACCUUGGCCCCAUGCUCGCUCCAUGCAUUGGACCCGCCAUUGGAGGUGUUCUCUCUGAGAAGCUCGGAUGGAGGUCAAUCUUUUGGUUUCUCGUCAUCAUGGCAGUUGUCUGCUUCCUCCUCAUCUGGUUGUUCCUACCAGAGACACUCCGAGCCAUCGCUGGAAAUGGUGCGGUUCCAAUGGCCGGUAUUCAUCGAGCCUUGGUGCCGCUCGUUGGGCCAAAAGGAAAACGGCCUGCUGAUAUGAUCCAAGGCCCACGCCAAAAAGGUCCCAUUAAUCCGUUUCCGAUUUUUGCGUUGCCAGAUAUUGUAAUCACCUUGAUAUUUACGGGAGUUGUUUACGCGGUGAAUUACACUGUGACGUCGACCAUCUCAUCUGCCUUUGCAGAUGUCUACCCUUGGUUGUCGGAGACAGUUCUGGGCCUGUCAUACUUGCCAACAGGUCUGGGUAUGAUCCUAGGGAGUACAUUCGUUGGAAAGCUCCUCGACUGGGACUACGCUCGAAUCAAGAAACAGAUGACUGAAAAUGGAAGUCUAUCUGACUUUCCAAAGGAGCGUGCACGCCUAAGGACCAUGCCGACACACUUGGUCGUCUUUGUGAUGGCGCUGGUAGGUUGGGGCUGGGCCGUGGAGACAAAAACACAUAUGGCAGCGCCUCUGGUUCUCCAGGUAAUCUUGGGGUGGACUUCUAUCUCCAUCCUUAACACAACAAUGACACUCAACGUGGAUAUCCUGCAAAAGCGCAGUUCAGCCGCUACGGCUUGUACGAACCUCGUUCGAUGCCUCCUUGCUGCUGUUUUGGUUUCGGUCAUUGAACGAAUGACUAGUCGUCUAGGAUACGGGUGGACUUAUGUACUACUUGGUGCCAUUUGCCUUUUGAUGUUGCCAUUGUUCUAUGUGGUGAUGAAUUACGGACCUCGAUGGAGAAGGAAGCGUGAAGAGAAGGAGGAAUUUUAAAACUGAGGAUGGCGCAUCUUCAAUAUCCAUUGGUUUCAUCAUGCGAAACGUUGCCCUUAUAUCAUUUCAACUAAGCUGUCCGUCAGUGCAAGCCCAAAUUCCUGGCCCAAGAGUGGCCGCAAAAUAAAAGACCUCAACUACGCUGGGCCCAAUAGGACAUUAAUU